ACAGCUGCCGAAAUACAAAGAAUACUCCAUCAGCUUGGAACACCGCAAGACACGCCAGAGUUGAGGCAACAGCUGCAACAGAAGCAGCAAUACACCAACCAGCUUGCCAAAGAAACUGACAAAUACAUUAAAGAGUUUGGAUCGUUGCCUGCAACAAGUGAACAGCGUCAAAGGAAAAUACAGAAAGACCGUCUUGUGGGGGAGUUCACCACAGCACUAGCAAAUUUCCAAAAACUCCAAAGGCAAGCUGCUGAGAAAGAAAAAGACUUUGUAGCCAGAGUAAGAGCCAGCUCCAGGGUAUCUGGUGGUGCUCCUGAAGAGAGCUACAAAGAAGGAACACUUGUCUCUUGGGACAGUCAACCGCAAGCUCAAGUGCAAGAUGAAGAAAUCACAGAAGAUGACCUCCGUCUUAUUGAGGAGAGGGAAUCUUCCAUUAGGCAGCUUGAGGCAGAUAUUAUGGACAUCAAUGAAAUCUUUAAAGAUUUGGGAAUGAUGAUUCAUGAGCAAGGAGAUGUAAUAGACAGCAUAGAAGCCAAUGUGGAAAAUGCAGAUGUACACGUGCAGCAAGCAAACCAGCAGCUGUCAAGAGCAGCCAACUACCAGCAAAGGUCCCGAAAGAAGAUGUGCAUCCUCGUUAUUAUACUUGCUGUUGGCCUAUCACUUCUUGGACUCAUCAUAUGGCUAUCUUCAAAAUAAGUAUCUGGAGAAAGCAUUGUAAUUGGUCUUCAAAUUAUGAAAGGAAAUUCCUAGUUAUGGUUUGCUUAUUGUGGAGCUGAGUAACAUAAUGGUUCUGUACUUCAUCACACUUACUUUUUUUUUUUUUAGAAGACGUUUUGUUUUAACCUGAGA